AUGAUGAAAAAUGGCAAGCCUGAAUCUCCUUUGCAUGACGGCCCAGCAUUAACAAACAUGAGUACGAAACUCUUCUAUCACAUGAACAGGUAUUACCAGUUCUUCAAAGUUGGAGAUCCCGGACAUUAUGCAUUUGUGCUUGUUUCAACGCAUUCAUCAAUGCUAUGGUUCCCCCAUGUGAACUGUAGCUCGAACGCUUGCGAACAUUCAGAGAAUUUUGAUCCAAAUGAGUCUACAAGCUUGGUUUUGUCAAAUGAGAGAUUCAAAUCAGUGGACACAGCAGCGAAUGCUACCGGCAUUCUUGCAAGUGACGAUAUUGAGCUUUACUAUGAUGCUGAAUCAAUAUUGAUACGGAACAUAACCUUUGGGCUUGCCUUGGAAACGCAAACAAACGGAGACGAGUAUUUAUACGGAUUGGUCGGCCUCGGAUUUGAAAACGUUCAAGGAACGAACACAAAACCGUUUAUAAUGGAGCUCAUUGACCAAGGUAUUCUCGAAAAGCCCAUAUUCACCAUCUGGCUAAAUCCUGAAGCGGCGCCAGAAACCACCGGAGGGUACGUGACAUAUGGAUUAGAGGACGAUGUGAACUGCGGACCGAUCAGAGCAUACGAAUACUUCGUACAUCCUUACUCGUAUGCAUUCACGGUGGAAUACAUUGAGAUGAAAGAUUUGUAUAUCCACAUUUGGUCAUCUGCAGAGAUGGAUUUGGGUCCUUUUCUAAUUUUACCGGAAACAGUUGCGGGUGCUAUUGCAAAAAUGGCCCAAGCUCAGUACGAUCCCGGAAGCAGUCUUUAUUGGAUUGAUUGCAACGCCAAAUUUCCGGACAUAAAACUUGGUCGCGUAUUGCUCUUCUAUACCAUACGGGCAAGCGAUCUUAUCAUCAAGUUUUCUAAUGAUUUAUGCGUAUUGGCUGUGGUUGAAAGAGUGACUCCUUCGAUGGGGCCGAUGCUUAUUGGUGCACCAUUUUUCUAUCAUUAUUGUGUAGUUUUCGACAUCGCUGAUAAAAGGCUGGGAAUUGCAGAAGCAAAAAACCCAUCCACAACGAUUGCACCAGAGACCACAACAAUAACGGAAGAAAACACCUGCAAACCAUUGUACUCCAGAUUCAUGAGUGCAAUGCUUCUACUGUCUUUAACCUAUUGCACCAUUCUAGUUUAA